AUAUUCAGCAAUAGGAUCGCAUAGCGUGACCACUGGUAAUCUGUUUAAGCCUUUUAACGGCUCUAGAGUGUUAACUGUGCUUCUUUGAUUUCUUCUAUUGUAUUCGACGUCUGGAACUAGAGUUUAGUGGUUGAUGUCACAGACGGAGACAAUCAUAUGAAAAAUUUAUAUUUGAGAAAUAGAUCUAUUCUUUGAAUUGAAGAUCACUGUAGACGAAUGUUGUUUGAAAAAUUGGAAUUAAGUUGAAACUUACGAAAUGAUUUAUUUUAGGAUGUAAUCUUUUUUACGUGUAUGAAUUGUUUAAGGCAUGGCGGAUUGGUUUACAAGGGAACUGGAAUAGCAUCAGGUUUUACAUCGACGUUUUUAUUGCAACAUGGAGCCAAUGGUGAAUGGGGAAAUACAGCAAGAGGGACUAUCUGUUACAGCGGAUGUGGAAGAAUUCCGUCCAAAUAAGUCUUCUCAAGAUCUACUUAAAGACAUGUACCUAGACGCCUGCGAAGAUGACAGCACCAGCACUGGAGCGUCCUUCACAACAAAGGACGCCAUAUUUGCUGGAAAAAAGGAAUCUACGCGAUUCCGAGGACUAUGGAAAAUAUUCUCCAAAUACGCAGAUAUAUCCUCUUUAAACGGAGUUCCAUUUAUUAUGCAGUCUCGCCAUUGCCUAGUCAAAGUUGCCUGGUCCCUACUCCUAGUUGGCGCCAUUGGAGCAUCAAUAUUUCAUCUAUACUAUCUGUUCUCCAACUAUUUUGAGUACCAGAAAUAUUCUCAAGUCCAACUGAAGUUCGACAGCCUGAAGUUUCCAGCAGUGACAAUAUGUAAUGUGAACAUGAUGAGAAUUUCACAGAAAAGGUUUGCAUCUGAAGAAAUUCAAAGUUUAUUCCAGACAGAGAUUAAGUGGAACUCUUCAAAUAAGAGUUUAAAUAACACAACAGAUUCUGAAGUGAACAAAAAAGCAUAUGAGCUGGAUAAUGAGGAGAUUCAGCACAUAGCAGAUGAUGAUGAUUUAGUACCAGACAUGUCCAAUCCAUGCUUGCUGGAAUGGGUCAAGGAUAAAGAAAGAGAAUUAUGUCAGCACUGCAGUUACUGCUGGGAUCAGGGUCAGUUAAGUAAUUCCUCAUUGUAUGAAAUCGAUGAUUAUUUCCAGUAUUUGUUCAACAAGCAGUCAAUGGAUAUACGUCAACAGAUUGGUCAUCAGAAAGAAGGCUUGAUUAGAAUGUGCUCUUUUGCUGGACGGAUGUGUGGUUAUGAACUGUUUCAACAAGUAGUGUCUCCACAGUAUGGAAACUGUUAUACAUUACAUCAUGAGAACUUUACUUCCAGAAAAAGUGGAAUUGCUGGAGGACUUGAACUGAUUUUGUCUCUAGAGACAGAUGAGUACACACCUGCCAUAACAUCUGAUGUUGGAGCUAGAGUUAUAAUUCAUGAGCCUGGCACUGCUCCAUUUCUGGAUGACAAUGAUAUAGCUGUCAGUCCUGGAAUGCAUACAUUCAUUGCUUUGAAGAAAGUUGAAAUUAUUAGGAUUGGAGAGCCAUUUUCAUCAUGUAUAUCUGAAAGUCACACAGUCUUGGACUACAAGUAUACAAAACCAGCUUGUCAGAAAGCUUGUGAGCAGAUGCAUAUCAAAGAUAGAUGUAAUUGUAUUGACUCUGAUCUAGAUCAGUCCAUGACCAACACAACCAUGUCUCAGUGCAAGAGUAAGGAAGACUUGAAAUGCUUAUAUCAAGUGAGAUGUGAAUUGGAAACUAAAAAAGACUCUUGUAAUUGUACAGAUCUAUGCAGAGAAUCUACCUAUGAAAAAACAAUAGCUACGUUGCAAUGGCCAACAGACAGUUAUGUUAACUAUAUAAGACCUAGUGUCUGCAAUGGUUCAAAGCCGCCAUCGUUUUGCAAACUGAACAUAUCCAAUGCUGCUUUAAGAGAUGAACUGGUCAAAUUGAACAUCUAUUUUGGAGAUUUGAACUACGAGGAGCUUGCUGAUGAGCCCAAUUAUGAGAUUACCAAUUUGCUGUCUGAUAUUGGAGGUUCUAUAGGUCUCUGGAUUGGUAUGUCAGUGCUGAGUGUGUUUGAACUGAUACAUCUUGCCUUGGAAAUCAUUCGUUACUUCUCUUGGAGGAAAUGGAGAAAGAGGGCAGAGAAAAGAAAACAGGAUAAAGAAAAAACUAAAGAAGGAGUCAUCAACAGUUGAACAACGCAAGACAGAUAAGGACACACAGAGUGAUACCCAAGGAGCAAAAGGGAAGAAUAAGAGACAUAGAUAGAGGAGAGAGAGAAAUUCACUUACUUCCUUAUCGACAGACAUUAAAAAUACAAAAGGUCAGGUCACAUUGACACAACUUAUGUUAUGUAUUUCUAUAUACACUCCUGCACCAACAAUCUGUAAUGGUACCAGUAAUGGUUACACGCUACAAAUCAAAAUGUAUAACUGUUGUACCAGUUCAGUUCAUAAAAUGAAACCCUUUAAUUAACAAACACAUCUGCUUAUUGUAGCAAUGAAAAAAAAUUCCUAAUGCGAAUUCUGUUCAUUAAAUUUUUGUUUUUAUUUAUACAAGAUCUUUAAAUUUCGGGGUUUAGUUAUUUAUAAUGAAUUGUAAUGUACUAAUUGAUUUUUUACUGCAUGUAUAAAUGUAUUAUACUUAAGUUUGUUAUACUAGAAUCUCUGGUCUCUCUUAAGUUAAUGUAUUUUAUUUUAGCUUAUAUUAUCUAUUAAUUGACAAUAUUAAUUUUUGUGAACGCCUAUCGAUUCAUUUAUUAUUAGGCAUGGAUUAGAUAUUGAUUUAUCUAACAAUACAAUAUGUCCCAGGUUCACAACUGAUUGAAUGCCAUGCAGACACAGCCACACAUAAAGCACAUGACUACCUGUAUCAUGAGUUAAAACAAAUAAAGACUAACAGCCUACUCUCAAACACAUUGUGUUCCUAUAUGUUCAGUCAUUCAAAUUGUAUUCAUACAGGUUUUGACUUCAAAAUUGUGUACAAGUUUUGUCAUAAACCUUUUUUCCAAACAAGUUCUGCUAUUAAAGUAAUACUGUGAAAGGCCCUGAUAGCCAUGUUUUGAUUGUAAUCACCAUGUCAAAGAGAAGAUUGUACUUCACAACCAACUUCCAGAUUAUGCUCAUAUUCGACCAGAAAGGAGGUCUACUGAUGUGCAUUCUAGACUGUCAUCUCUAUGACUUUGGGUUUGAAAUCUGCCAACCACCAUCUUCUGCUGUCCCAUGGGAGGUUUGGGUUAGGGUGUAUUUAAAUAACCUUCUGAAGCAACAUUCAAAAACAAAGUCAAACAAACUAUGUUAUUUUUAAAAAUGUUUAUAUAUUGCCCCUCAUGCAUGUGGUGUGAUUAAAAUUAAGUUGUCUGUAUUUUAUAGUUAUUUUAAAAUAAUUAGUGUUAUAGCUUUAUUACCAUGUUAGUUUAUUUUAGAUAGCCUAAAAUGGUACAAGUAUUGUCAGUCCUAGUUAUAGAGAUUUUUUCUAAAUCUUUGUCAUUUCUAUCAGCAGUCAUGCUUUUAUUCUUAAAGUAUUGUAUAAAUGUCAGGAUCUAAAGAUAAUAAUGAAAUUAUCUGACAAAUAUUUUUCUUAAUAUCUAAAUUAUCUGACACUAAUUUUCUUGAUAACAUUGUUUUAUUUUUUACUCAUGUUAUGGUCAUCUUAUCAUGUAUAUAUGUGAUCUUGAUCAUGUCAUCAUACAUGUUGCUAUCCUGCUCAUAGUAUUGAUCUUAUCAAAUACAUUUGACUUGUCGAAAGCAAACAAACAAAAUAAACAAUGCGAAGAG